AUGGGGCGGCUUUCAGGAUUGACUCUGUUUUGCGGACAGAUUCGUGCGCUGGCUUGGAAGACAUUUCUUAUUGCCGUCGCUAGACAUCCGCUUGCCUUCGUUUUCAAAGCAUACCUGAUUCCGGUUGCUGUUGUGGCUAUCUUGCUCAACAUACCAAACUUCACGACCAGUGGUAACGUCUACGGCACGGGAACCCCAAACCCACUCCCCAGUCUCGCCGAAACCAUCACUGAGAAGCCCCUGUUUAUCGUAAAGCCUCUGGGCCUGGGGCCCGAUGUGGACGAGGCGAUCGCCAAAAUCACGCAGCCCCUGCGGCCAGAAACUGUACGAUACUUGAAUGACGAACGAGAUCUCCUGACUGAAUGUCUCGCCAACCUUCGGGGCAUCAGCGGCUGUCAUGCUUCCAUCACCUUCACAGACUCGCCGCAGACGACAUCUUUCGACACUGCUGAUCGAGAGCAUCACUGGAACUACACCAUUCGAGCGGACCCAGCAAGGCGAGGAGUUCUAUACAAUGUGUUCGAGCACAACGGCGACCUAGAGAGGUUUCUGUUGCCCUUGCAGGUUGCUGUGGAGAAUGCCAUGACGAACUCAACCACCAACCCUGUCAGUUUUCUCUUCACGAGCAAGACUCAAAAGGAGUGGGACGAAGGCUUUCGGUCCAGUUGGCAAGAGCUCAUUGCCAACGUGUACGGCUUUGCCUUCUUCCUCGGCUUCAUACAGCAGCUUUUCCAUCUCACCAGGUUGAUAACCCAAGAGCGCGAGGACGGCAUGUCGAAGCUCGUUGACGCCAUGGGCGGCAGUGCCACAGUUAGGGUGUUGUCAUAUCUUGCGGUCUUUAACGUCAUCUACCUUCCUUUGUGGAUUAUUCUCGGCGCCAUGCACUGGAAAUUCCUCUGGCCGACUAGCAGUGCAGCAAUCCCCAUACUUUGGCAGAUUCUCCUCGGGCUGGCUAUAAACAGUUCAACCGUGUUCGCGGCAUCUUUCUUCCAGAUGGCUCGCACGGCGCCCGUCUACGUCUCAGGAGCCUUCAUGAUACUGUCCGUGGGCGCCUUGCUGACCGGCCUCGGAAAGGUCUCAAUGGCGACCGUAUUAUCCAUGUCCCUAUUUUUUCCGAGUUCCAACCAUUUUUUCUUUGUCCAAACCAUGUCCUAUUGGGAAUUCAAUCUGCAGCCGGCGAUCUUGGGCGACAUACCUCCCCCGGCUUUCUGGGCGCAAAAGAAGCUUCUCGUAGCCGGAAACACCCUGUUAUUGCUCUUGGUCGUGGCUAUUGUCGUCUAUCCUCUGUUAGCCAUCUUGGUUGAGAGAUUUAUGCAUGGCAUUGCAUACAAGGGACGAACUUUUGCUGGGGAAAGAGGAAGCGCAAGUUCGAUCGCAGUCGGGGCCAAAGAUCUCCAGAAGAUAUUCGAGCCAUCUCUUACUGAGAGGAUAUUCUGCUGUGGCAUGAGAAAGCCUUGUAAUGUUGUCAAUAGUGUCAACCUCCAGGGGAAUAGAGGCCAAAUACUCUGUCUUGUUGGCCCGAAUGGGUCUGGAAAGACCAGUACUUUGCAAAUGAUGGCAGGCCUUCUACCGCUGACCAAUGGAACGGUCGAUAUCAACGCCCUCCCUUCAGAGCUAGGCAUUUGUCCUCAGAGAAACACAGUCUGGUCAGAGCUAACCGUAAAGGAGCAUCUGAGUAUCUGGAAUCUGGUCAAGGGUAGUAGAAACAGCGCCGAAAGUUUGAAGCAGCUCAUAGCUGGUUGCGAUCUAGCUCAUAAGGCAAGCAGUCUUGCCAGGACUCUCAGUGGUGGCCAACUGAGAAAACUACAGUUGGCAUGUAUGUUUGUCGGAUACACCUCGGUCUGCCUCGUCGACGAAUGUACAUCAGGACUGGUAAAUAUUAUUUUGUCUCGAAUCAUACUCCAUGUGAAAAAAGCUAACAAUAUGGUAAUCCAGGAUCCCCUUUCCAGAAGAGUUAUCUGGGAUAUCCUCCUGGAGCAGCGAAGCCGGCGAAGUAUCAUCUUCACGACACAUUUCCUCGACGAGGUUGAGGUUCUUGCGGAUCACAUUGUGAUCCUAUCCAAUGGGCGGGUCAAGUGCUCUGGUUCAGUUACAGCUUUAAAGCAGCUUCAUGGUGGGGGGUACAAGGUUUCUGUGCCUCAUUGGAAUGCUUCCAUCGAUCAAGCAUAUCCACACGUCACCCAUCAAGACCAACUCGUCUACACGACACCCGACUCAACCUCUGCUGCCCAAUUGGCGACAAAUCUGGCUGCCGCCGGUAUGUCCAACGUCUCUAUUCUAGGCCCACAGGUUGAGGACGUCUUCCUGCGCGUAGUCGACGACCCUUCACUUCUCGCCAAUACCGAUUCGACAAGUUCCGAUAUGAAUCUCGAACUGGAACCCGGGAAAAUGGAAUCAUUCUGGUCACAGGUGAAGACUCUCUUCUGGAAGAGGACCAUUGUCUUGAAGAGGUUUUGGUGGCCCUACAUAUACGUCUUGGUCCUCCCCAUCGCCGUUACUCUUUCUUUCUCCGGUAUCCUGAACAACUAUACAGCACCCCUUUGCGUUGAAAUCCAGCCAACUCUAUACUCCGGAUACGAGUUCUAUGUGUCCUACGGCGGGAGCUACGUCAUUGACGGGGUUGUGCAAACCCCCCCUGGGCUGCUUCUUGGUGGCCCUCCCUCAGUGAACGAAUCGCUGUAUAACUUGAUGAACAGAAAUGGUUCCAUUACCAAGUACUUUAACAUGUCUCAAUAUACUGAAUGGAUCAGGCCCGUUGAGACAUUGGACGAGUUCAUGAAUUACUUGAACGAGAAUAGGGCGGGAGUCCUACCGGGAGGCAUUUUCAUGGAGUCCAACACGAGCAACCCGGUCAUAGCGUCCUUCGCUGAACAUGGAGUCAACGACGGCAUGAUUCUAUUCAACUUGUAUAGUCAAAUCCACAGCGGCUCUGAGAUCACUGCUUCCUAUGGCACCAUGGGUGAGACGCCAGCGCGAUCUGCAAACUCUGGCAUGUUCUAUGCAGUAUUCUUCUGUUUGAUACAAGCCGUGUACCCUGCGGCGUUCGCUCUGUAUCCCUCCAUCGAGAAGAGCCGGAAAGUUCGUGCGGUUGGAUACGCCAAUGGAGUUCGAAGAGCGCCCCUAUGGGUUGCCUACGCUCUGUUCGAUUUCUUCUUCGUUUCUGUCAUCUCAAUCACUAUCGCCGCUCACCUCGGGAGUAAGGUGCCCCUUUGGACGGGUGGUGCAUGGGUGAUGCUGCCAGUUCUGGCCCUCUACGGUCUAGCGGCCCUCCUCUUUAGCUACAUCAUGUCUAUUCUUUGCAAAACCGGAUCCGGAGCGUUCCUUGCAACAUCCUCCCUGAACGUACCGUACGCCUUCGUCGACGUUGCGGAUGUAGACGGUGUGAUGACAGCGACGACAUUUGGAUUGAACAUAUUCUUUCCUAUUGGCAACGUCUUCAGAUCAGUUGCCUUCGGGCUCAACGCCAUGGAGAUUAGUUGCAGAGACGAUGCAGUUGUCUCAGCUUCAUCAAUCCAUGCAUACGGUGGGCCAGUCCUGUAUUUGAUUGUUCAAGUUGCCGCGCUGCUCGGGAUUCUUAUCUGGCUGGAAAGGGACCAUUCGUCCCGAAAGGUUAGUGCGGUUAAGUAUAGUGCUUCAGCUGGAGACUCGGAGAAGUCUCUAGGUUUCCCGAGCAAUGAGGUAAAGGUGGAAAAGGUCCGAGUCGAAGACGCCACGGAGGAUCCUCUGCGAACCUUGCACCUCACAAAGACCUUUGGACAGACUCUUGCUGUCAACGAUGUGUCUCUAGGUAUUGGUAAAGGCGAGGUUCUAGCACUCAUUGGGCCUAACGGCGCGGGCAAGUCGACGUUGAUCAACUUACUCCGAGGAGAAUUGACGCCAGACCACGGCAACGGAUAUCUUUGCGGAAAGGACGCAAAGAGUGUCUCUGCUCAAAAACACCUCGGAGUCUGUGCACAGUAUGAUGCACUAGACUUGAUGAGCACCAGAGAGCAUUUGGUCUUCUUCGCAAAGAUCAAGGGUGUCAAGGAUGUUCAGCGGAACGUCGAAACCAUCAUGGUAAAGCUUGGCCUGGCACCAUAUGCCACCCGGCUAGCCUCCAAGCUCUCGGGCGGUAACAAGCGAAAGUUGAGUCUUGCCAUUGCACUCAUGGGCACACCUCCGGUUCUUAUCUUGGACGAGCCGACGUCGGCCAUGGAUGCCAUAGCUAAACGGGCGUUUUGGAAGAUCAUCCAGCAAAUCUCACCAAACCGCUCUCUACUGCUCACCACGAUGAAGACGCACAGCAUGGAGGAGGCAGACACCCUCGCCCACAGAGCCGCCGUUAUGUCACAGCGACUCCUCGCUGUCGGCACCACCCAAUCCUUGCGUCAAAGAUACGGCAACGUAUACUACGUUGAAAUUCUCCUCAAGACAGCCCCGAUGUCAACGGUUGGGGAGAUGACAUUCGUUAGGUCUUGGGUGCAAGAGAGGGUAUUAGGGGCCGUUAUGGAACGAGAAGUGCUCGGUGGCCAAAUCAGGUUCACUGUCCCCGGAUCUAUAACCAGGGAUAGGGAGAAUAUUCAAGAGGAUCAGGAAUUCAAGGAAAGCGGCGUCGGCCCCAUUGUCGAUUUGAUUCGGCUGUUGGAGGCGGCGAAGGAGGAUUGUGGCAUCGAAUACUAUUCCAUUGGGGGCACCACCCUGGAAAGGGUGUUCCUGAAUGUGGUAAAGGAAAACAUCGUCGAACAAAAUGAAGAAGAGAAACCGAAGAAACGGUGGUGGAAGUUUUAG